AUGGAGGGGCCCGGCGCCCCCGGUGUCCCCUGGAAACGCCACAUAGUGCGGCAGCUUCGGCAGCGGGACCGCACGCAAAAGGCACUCUUCCUGGAACUGGUGCCUGCCUAUAACCAUCUCCUAGAGAAGGCUGAAUUGUUGGCCCGGAUCUCAGAGAAGCUGCAGCCAGAGCCAAACGAUGCCACUCCUGCUACGCACCAGGGCCCCUGGGAGGAGGAAUCGGAGCCCGAUUCAGACCAAGUCCCUUCACCAACCACUCUGAGGAUGAAGUGGCAAGAGGAGGAGGAGGGGCUCCGGCUGGUCUGUGGUGAGAUGGCCUACCAGGUGGUGGAGAAGAGCGCAGCCCUGGGCGCCCUGGAGUCGACGCUGGAGGAGCGGCAGAGCAGGCUGGCGGCUCUGGAGGCCCGUGUGGCGCAGCUGCAGGAGGCGCGGGCUCAGCAGACCCGGCACCUGGACGCGCAGCGGGCGCUGAACGUAGCGCAGCGGGCGGCGUACGAGGCGCUCCGCGCGCAAGCCGGGCUCCAGGAGGCGGCCCUGCGUAGGCACGAGGAGGAGGCACGUGACCUGCUGGAGUGGCUCGUGCAGCGCAAGGCGCGCGCUGCCGCCGAGCGCAACCUGCGCAAUGAGCGCCACGAGAGGGCCAAGCAGGCGCGGAUGUCCCUGGAGCUAAAGAAGGCUGCCAAGCGGACAGUGAGCAUCAGCGAGAGUCCAAACACUGUAGGUGAUGGGAUCAGAGAGAUGGCUGAGACUGUGACCCUGACUGCUGAGCCCCUAUCCCUGGAGACUGAGGCUGGUGAGAAGUGGAAGAGGCCCUUCAGGUCUGCCUCCGCCACCUCCUUGACGCUCUCCCGCUGUGUGGAUGUGGUGAAGGGGCUUCUGGAUUUCAAGAAGAGGAGAGGCCACUCUGUUGGAGGAGCUCCUGAACAGCGAUACCAGAGCAUCCCUGUGUGCGUGGCCGUCCAGCCUCCUACCCAGGUUCAGGAUGUGCUGAAUGCCCACCUCUCCGAGGUCAAUGCUGUUUGUUUUGGCCCCAAUAGCAGCCUCCUGGCCACUGGAGGGGCUGACCGCUUCAUCCAUCUCUGGAACGUUGUGGGAGGUCGUCUGGAGGCCAACCAGACCCUUGAAGGAGCUGGUGGCAGCAUCACCAGCGUGGACUUUGACCCUUCGGGCUCCCAGAUAUUGGCAGCUACUUACAAUCAGGCUGCCCAGCUCUGGAAGGUGGGGGAGGCACAGUCCAAGGAGACACUGUCUGGACACACAGACAAGGUGACGGCUGCCAAAUUCAAGCUAACAAGGCACCAGGCGGUGACUGGGAGCCGAGACCGGACAGUGAAGGAGUGGGACCUCGGCCGCGCCUACUGCUCCAGGACCAUCAAUGUCCUUUCGUACUGUAAUGAUGUGGUGUGUGGGGACCAUGUAAUCAUUAGUGGCCACAAUGACCAGAAGAUCCGGUUCUGGGACAGCAGGGGCCCCUGCUGCACCCAGGUCAUCCCUGUGCAGGGUCGGGUCACCUCUCUGAACCUCAGCCAUGACCAGUUGCAUCUGCUUAGCUGUUCCCGAGAUAACACACUCAAGGUCAUUGACCUUCGUGUCAGCAAUAUCCGCCAAGUGUUCAGGGCUGAUGGCUUCAAGUGCGGUUCUGACUGGACCAAAGCCGUGUUCAGUCCAGAUAGAAGCUACGCACUGGCAGGUUCCUGGGAUGGAGCCCUUUACAUCUGGGAUGUGGACACUGGGAAGCUGGAGGGCAGUCUACGAGGACCCCACUGCACUGCUGUCAACGCCGUGGCCUGGUGCUACUCUGGGAGCCACGUGGUGAGCGUGGACCAGGCCAGGAAGGUUGUGCUCUGGCACUAG